GCUAAUGCAAUUAACUCGUCGCACUCUUGUACAAUGUAAACAAGGAGAAUCAAGAAUAAUAAUUUUAUAUUUAUUCAUUAAAGCAGUUAAAUAAUGCGUGACUAAACACUGUGCUAGUCUUCUCAGAAUUUUCUAGCUUAUUGAAAAAAAAACUUUGUAAUUUCCAAUCAGGGGGGAUUAUCAUCUUAAUUCUUAAACAAAUGUUAUUUAUUCAUUUUUAAUUUCAAAACCUAGACAAUGAAAAGUAGGUAUUUACCAUUAAUUGGCCUUUGUUAAUGCAUAUCUGGUUAUUGUGGUGAAGCUAUCACAAAUAGAAGAUCAACUGACUUUGAUCUGAAAGAUUGACUGGAAGCAUUAAUCAAGUGGUGCGUGUGUUAAGAACUUCACUAAGUAAUUUAAGAGUAAAAAAAAGAAUUUCUGUUGCUGAAAUGAGUGAGAGGAAAAUAUUUUAAGUUUAAUAGAAAUCUACACUAGCUUGCAUUCACUGGAAAAAGUUUUUAGCCAUGCAAUGUGGAUAUAUUUCUUUUUAAUACAGUUUUGUGUGUAAUAUAACUUUGCCUAACAAUUGUUUAUUCAGAUCAGAAGCUAUAGUUACACAUUUAUGAUUGCAAGUAAAUGUUAACUUUCGUUUUAGAUUAAGGAAAAAUCUUAUUGAUGAAGAACAUAAGAUCUAACGUUCAUAAACACAUCCAAAUUUAAAUAUAAGAUUUUGUUUACACUAAAAAGAGGCCAUAUUCAUGCAGUGCAUAUUCUGAUUAAAAGAUAUUUUAUCUCAAUACUUGCUUAGUUAUCUUAACAAGAUACCUUUUUUGUGUUGUAUGUGAUCAAGUUUUGGUGUAACAUUUUUUACAUAUUUAAGUAAAACUAUGUUAGUUUGUGUGUCAUUCAAAAAACAGACUUAAGGACAUAAUUAAGCUAAAAUAUAAUCUGUAAUUUAAUUUUUGUUAAUAUCAAAAUUUAACUACAUUAUUUUGUUUAUGCAUGACAAUAGCCAAUAUUAUAUGCAGUGUGUAUUUUGCUUAAAAGGUUGUUCACAUCAAUACUUGCUUAUUAGAUCCAACAGGAAAUUCAUUGAAAAGAAUAAGAAUUGUUAAAGUGAGGUAUAAGUUGUUAUUCUGAUUAAAAGGUUAUUUACCUCAGUACUUGCUUAUUUAUUAUAAAUCCAUUUAUUGGGGCAUGUGUUAAAACCUGAUUUUUAAUUUAAUUUUAUUAAAUAUUAAUACAUAUAUUUAAUAAUGAAGCCUUAUACAUGUAGUGCGUGUGGUAAAAUUUUCACUACGAAAAAUAAUUUACUUGAACAUUCUCAUGUUCAUACUAAUGAAAAACCUUAUUCAUGCGAUGUGUGUGAUAAAGCAUUUGUUAAUAAAAAUAGAUUAAAGAAACAUUUUCGUAUUCAUACUGGAGAGCAGCCUUAUUCCUGCAGUGUAUGUAAAGAAACCUUCAUGUUUAAAGAAAGAUUAAAUCUACAUUCACGUGUCCAUACAGGCGAUGAGCCUCAUUCUUGUGGUGUGUGUCAGAAAACUUUUACAGUGAAAAGUAGUUUAAUUCGACAUUCUCGAAUUCAUUCCGGAGAGAAACCCUUUUCGUGCAAUGUGUGUGAUCGAUCUUUUUCACAGAAAAAUGAUUUAAAACGGCACAUUCUUAUUCAUACUAAAGUAAAGACUUAUUCAUGUGAUGUGUGCAAUCUAAGUUUUGCCCAGAAAGAUUAUUUAAAGAAACACUAUCUAGUUCAUAAAAAUGUUAAAGCUUAUUCAUGUGAAGUGUGUAAUAAAGCAUUUGUAAAUAAAAGUAAGUUAAUUCGACAUACUCGUGUUCAUACGGGCGAGAAACCUUAUUCCUGCAGUGUGUGUAAUAGAGCUUUUGCUUUGAAAGAAACAUUAAACCUACAUUGCCGUGUUCAUACUGGAGAGAAGCCUUAUUCCUGCAGUGUUUGUGAUAAAACUUUUACAUUGAACAGUAGUUUAAUUAGACACUCUUACAUUCACACUGAAGCGAAAUCUCACUCGUGCAAUGUGUGUAAUAAAUCUUUCAGACAGAAAACCAGUUUGAAUAAACAUUAUCUAGUUCAUAAUAAAACAAAAUCUCAUUGCAUGUGACAAAGAUUUUGCGCACCAAGAUUAUUUAAAGAUACACAAUCUGGUUCACACUAAUGAAAAGCCCUAUUCUUGUCGUUUGUGUGGUGAAACAUUUACGGAGAAAGUUUAUUUAAAUUUACACACUUGUAUUCAUACUGGAGAGAAACCUUACUCGUGCAGCAUGUGUGAUAAUAUUGUGCGAAAAGAUAGUUUUAAUCGGCACUUAUUCAUUCAUAGAAUUUGAGGAUUUUAAAUGGUGAACAAUUAAACAGAUAAGAGAUAGUUUUAUAUAUUUUUGAAAUAUAAUUGUUACAUAUGCUAGGUGUGUGUGAGAAUAUUUGGAUUUUAAUAAAGAGACAACAUUAAUUUGAUGUUGCUUGUGUGGAAGUACUACAUGAUUAUUUAUUAUACCUUUGUUCCUGGCUUUUUCAGAGAUUAAAAUAAUUUGUGACACUUUAAUUCAAAGUAGUAAUUUUUUUGUUUCCAAAUUGGGAAACAUCUAAGAUAUUGAUCUAAACACAAGAAUUGGCAUGUCAUAUUCAAGUAUUUUUUUGCUCACAUUUAAUGUAAAUGUAUUAUUUGAAAUAAAAAAUAUUUUUAAAAA